CAGGUUGAACGUGUGGAGCCAGUAGUGUGGAGGUGAUGCCUGAUGGUUCGAUGGUCUGUUGGCCUCCUAGUGGCCGUAUGGUUACUGUUGGACACUACAACAGCAGGAUUCUCUUGUCUCAGCAACCCUUGCUUGUAUGGAAUCUGCAUGGAUGACCUUAAUAGCUCGUUCACCUGUUACUGCAUAGACGGCUACACGGGGGCUCACUGUCAGACCAACUGGGACGAGUGUUGGUCUUCUCCCUGUCUCAACGGGGGAGUGUGUCACGAUGGAGUCGCUACCUACAACUGCACCUGUCCUGAGGGCUUUGUGGGGGAAAUGUGUGAGGAGAACUUGGACGAGUGUAGUUCCAACCCCUGCUACAACAAUGCCACCUGCCUGGACGCUGCUAAUGGCUACUCCUGCCAGUGUGCCCCUGGAUACUCUGGCACACAUUGCGAGGUGGACAUAGCAGUGUGUAACAGUACAGAAGAUGUUCGGUGUCAUAACGGGGGUGUUUGUGUCGAAGGACCCGGAAUUUCCUUCUCUUGCUUCUGUACUCCUGGUUGGACCGGAAGACUCUGCGAGGUGGCAAUAGACGAGUGUUCGUCAAGUCCGUGUCAAAACGGCGCCGUCUGCAUAGAUCUGCACGCGUCUUACUCUUGUGCCUGCUUGUUUGGUUUCACUGGAAAGGACUGUGACCUUGUAUUGUCCAUGUGUCCGGCCAACCCUUGUGAGAAUGAAGCCCUGUGUCUGGUAGAAGACGACACCAGUGUCUGCUACUGUGUUCCAGAUUACCACGGGGACCGUUGUCAGUAUCAGUAUGACGAGUGCCUUCUAGGACCUGGGUGCAAAAAUGGUGGAACUUGUAUCGACGGAGUUGACAGUUUUUCAUGCUCUUGCCCCCCUGAUUUGACCGGUCAGUUUUGCGAAUGUCUGAUGUUGAACGACUCAACCCUGGAUUGCUCGUACGUCCGACCCUCGACAACAGCGCUUCCAACCACCACUCCGUCUUCAACAUCGACCUCUCUUGUGCCAACCACCCAAGUAUUUAUCACUACUACUGAGUUUUUCACCACUUUUUUAGAAACAGAAUCACAAACUUCAACAACGGAUGAAACGACAGAACAAUCAACAGUGGCACCAGAAGAAAGUACAUCUACUUCAACAGUGAGCGAAACAGAGACAGAAACACCUUCGACAAUCACUGAUGAGGUAGUGACUGAAACAACAAUCACAAGUGGGAUUUUAGAGAUUUCCUCAGGAGCUUCUACCACUGAAGAUAGUGAAACAACGAUUUUCAGUGCAGAUACUACAGUGUCUACUGUUGAGGACACGUCGGAACCAUUUCUGGUUGAUACGGUUACACCAAGAACAACGAUAAUUGUAACAACAGAGGAUGUAAUCGACACAGUGUCAUCGACUGAAGCUUCGUCCGAGUUGCCCAACAGCACGGUCUACCUCACUACUGAGCCUUCAGAACCUGCAGACACCACGGUAGCCUACGACUGCAGCAGAAUCCCUUGCCUCAAUGGAGGAACUUGCUUCUACUCCCCAAGUGGACCAAGGUGCAGAUGCAGGCAAGGCUGGGCAGGAACUAGGUGUGAUGUUCAGGAGGACAUUGACGAUGCAGCCUUCACGGGACACUCCUACCUGGCCCACAGAUUGGCCAACACAAGCGGUUCUACUGUCAACGUAGUGCUUCGCACCCUGGCUCCUACUGGGCUACUUAUUUACGCCAGAACUACUCCAUAUAUCUACAUGGCUGUCUACCUACACAAUGGACUGCUUAAGUUUGUGUUCACUUGCGGCAUCCAGACAAUGUUGUUCAGUGAGCUCCACGAGUACGUUAACACUGGGUUCAAACUCAGCAUUAGUGCAAUGCUGGAAGUAGAAGGAGCGAUCGGGGAUCAGCAUUGCUCUGCUUCAUUGGCAGUCAACGAUAGUUUGGUAAUGAGCGGCGAACAGCGAGCGUUGAGUGGCCGAGCGGUCAACUGGAGCGUUCACCAACCUACGCUCUACCUUGGAGGAGUUCCUCCACACACUACAUCCCUUGAUAUACCUGUUACACAAGGCAUCACUGGCUGUAUGACAGCACUACAGGUAGAUGGAGAGAGUCGCAAGAUAUACUCUGAUGCAGUCGACAUGUUGGAGGUUUCCAAAUGUUCGUCACUCGCCUGUCUCUCCAAUCCUUGCCGCAGCUCCUCUACUUGUAUUGAGAUGGGCGACUCUUGGACAUGUUUAUGUCCCUCAGGAUACUUGGGGCCUAGGUGUGAGCAAUCAGUAUGUUUGACAAAUCCCUGUCGCUAUGGCGGCACCUGCGCUCCUUACCCUGGCAGCGGGUUCAUCUGUCUCUGUCCAUUUGGCAAACACGGACUGUUUUGUCAAAAAGAUUUGGAGAUUGGCCAUCCAUUGUAUACAUCCUCAGUGAGAGGUUUGGCGUCAUUCUCCGCAUAUCCAGUCCCAGGAGCAAUGCAACACAACUUUGAGUUUAGGUUUCGUUUCGUAACCCAGUCUAUGGAUCAAGUGGCUCUGCUGUUGUUUGUCGGCCAAGAACACGACCAUGACUCCUCAUCAGACCAUCUAGCUGUCAGUUACAUCAAGGGAUACAUCGUCCUGACGUGGAAUCUAGGCUCAGGUCCGAGACGUAUCUUCACUCCCAGAGCUGUAGUCAACAAGGCCGGAGCCGUCCACAUGGUCAAGCUAGGCCGUAGCGGACGACAGGCCUGGCUACAGGUAGACAACCUCGACAACGUCACUGGCACAUCGCCCGGUCACAUGACUGAGCUCAACACAAGAUCUGUUGUAUACAUUGGAGGUCACAAGUUUGUUAACUUCACUGGCCUGCCGCACGACCUUCCACUGCACACAGGGUUCACGGGUUGUAUUUACGGGGUGGAGUUCCGUGCGGGACGAGUCAGCGUGAGUGUGGGACAAGUGCGGUCCCAAGCCAUUGUGGGACGGAACGUGGGACAGUGUGGGACCUCCCAUUGUCACAAUACUACUUGUCUUAACGGAGGAGCCUGCCUAGACCAGGGUGCAACGUUCACAUGCCUGUGUAAGGACGGGUGGUUUGGUCCGGUGUGUGCUCUGCGCUACAAUCCUUGCGAUGUCAGCAAACACAACUGCUCUAACGGAGCUACCUGUGUUCCUCUAGAAACAAGUUACCAGUGUGACUGCCCCUUCGGCCACACUGGCCAGUUUUGUGAGAAAGAAGAAACGCCCACGGAUAUCAGCUUCACGGGACGUCGUUCGUAUCUAUCCAUCCCACCAGCUGAUUUACAUCAGUAUCAGAUGUGUAUAGAGUUUGAACUACGCCCGUCCCAGGACCGAGGACUCGUGCUCUUUACAGGACAUCCCCACAGCACAACGUUCCUAUCUAUAGCCAUGCAUGGUGGCAUACUGGAGCUGCGUCUCAAAACUAUUGGAGGCCAAAGGAAGGAUGGAGAGGUACUGGUGGUGCGCAGUGGACGAGUGUUAUCUCUUGCAACGUGGCACUUAGUGCGCGCAGGUCGCUAUGGUAACCGGGUGUUCCUCUACGUGGAUGGAGCAGUCACUACUGCAUCUCUUCAGCAAGGGGAAGCUUUGCUGACUACUGACCAUCCAAUUUUUCUUGGAGGAGUGCCAGACUUAUCGCAGCUACCGUCAGGUGCCGUGGUUGGGUUGCCAGUGCCGCUGACUGGCUGUGUCCGCCGUGUGGUACUGAACUGGCGACCUGUAGCACUCGUAGAGUCAACUGUGUUGUCGGCCCGAAAUGUAGAUGACUGUGACGGAACGGCGUGUGGAGGGGAUGUGUGUCUGCACGGUGGUACUUGUUGGCUUGACACAUCACUCAAGCCUCACUGUACUUGCACUCAGGAGUAUGCUGGGGAAAGGUGUGAGUCCCUAGUCUCCUGCCUUGACCUUCCCUGUGAAAAUGGAGGACUAUGCAUCAAGAACCCAGGCAGCAAACCUAACUGCCAGUGUCCUAUUGGUUGGGAGGGACCAUUCUGUUCUCAAGCUCUGCCCAAGGGCUCCCCUCACUUUAGUGGAGACAGCUACCUAAUGCUGGCCCCAACUAGCAGCCCCAUCAAGCGAGGCCAGGACAGCCGAGGCCAACGACAGAAGGACAUUGACUUCUUGUUUAUAAACUUUUCUACUGCCCAUCCUGACGGGGUCAUGCUGUGGACUGCCCAGCAAAAAGAGUUUUUGGGAGUGGGGUUGGAAGAUGGACGCCUGAAAGUGACUUGGUCAUGGGAAGACAUGGAGGCUAGCGUAGCAACAAUAGCAACUCCUGUGGUGUCUGACGGUAACUGGCAUGACAUCACGAUCAGCAUGACUCAUGACAAUGUAACCAUCUGGUGUGACAGAGGCGACCCUCUCACCUACCCUAACACAGGACAUCGUCCUGUAACUACUGACGGAGUCAUGCACUUGGGUGGAUUUCCCAAUAAGAGAUCAACACUUGAGGAAACCUUCGGUGCAUUCAAAGAAAUGUUUCAAGGUUGCAUCAGAGAAGUAUCCUGGAGUCACCAGUCCAGCAUUACUGACUUUACCAAGUAUAAAGGGGAAAAUAUUGAUAGUUGUCCAAUUAUAUAAACUCAAACAAGCUUGGCCUACA